AGUAAAGUAGUUAGUCUUUCAACCUCCGAGUGGUGGGCAGGUAGCUGCUUUACUGGUGUUCAAGCUGUGUAAAUACUGCGAAUUUCCGUGUCAUUGGUCUUGUUAUAUUGUCGACGAGUGACGAGGCUAGAAGAUGGCAGACUGUCAGGAAGAUGGGUCGCCUGAUCUGACUCCCAUGGAACUUUACGAGAUGCUCAGUGCACAAGGAGAGAAGGUCCGAGGCCUGAAAUCAGAGAAGGCUGCAAAGACCGAGAUUGAUGCUGCUGUACAGUUGCUGCUGAAGCUGAAAAUAGAUUACAAAAAAAUCACAGGUCAGGAUUACAAAGCUGGUUGUCCACCGACUGACAUCAUAGUUUCAAAUAGUAACGGACCUGCUGUAGAGGAUGGGAAUGAUCAGGUGGACCCCUGGAACGUCUCUACCACCAGUGCCAGAGGAGUGGAUUACGACAAGCUUAUUGUGAGAUUUGGAAGCAGUAAGAUUGACCAACAAUUGAUUGACAGAAUUGGCAGACUUACUGGUCAGAUACCACACCGUUUCCUCCGCCGAGGAGUCUUCUUCUCACAUAGAGACAUGCAUCAAGUCUUAGAUGCCUACGAGAGCAAGAAGUCCUUCUUUCUUUACACAGGCAGAGGGCCUUCAUCACAAGCCAUGCAUGUUGGCCAUCUUAUCCCCUUUAUCUUCACCAAAUGGCUUCAGGACAUGUUUGAUGUACCUCUGGUCAUUCAGUUGACUGAUGAUGAGAAGUAUCUAUGGAAGGAUCUGACGCAGGAGGAGUGUCAUCGUUAUGCGGUGGAGAAUGCUAAAGACAUAAUUGCUUGUGGAUUUGAUGUCAACAAGACAUUCAUCUUUUCUGACCUAGACUAUUUGGGCACGAGUCCAUCAUUCUAUAAAAAUGUCGUGAAAAUACAGAAGCAUGUAACAUUUAACCAAGUUAAAGGCAUCUUUGGAUUCACAGAUAGCGACUGCAUUGGAAAGAUCAGUUUCCCAGCAAUACAAGCAGCCCCUUCCUUCAGCAGUUCGUUCCCACAGAUCUUCAACAACAGAAAAGAUUUGCAGUGUCUUAUCCCCUGUGCAAUUGACCAGGACCCCUAUUUCCGCAUGACACGAGAUGUAGCUCCUCGAAUAGGCUACCUCAAACCUGCUCUGCUACACUCCACCUUUUUCCCUGCUUUGCAAGGAGCUCAGACCAAGAUGAGUGCCAGCGAUCCUAACUCCUCCAUCUUCCUGACAGACACACCAAAACAGAUAAAAAACAAGAUCAAUAAGCACGCAUUCUCUGGUGGAAAGGACACUAUAGAGGAACACAGGAACUAUGGAGGAAACCCAGAUGUAGAUGUGUCAUUCAUGUACCUGACCUUCUUCCUUGAGGACGAUGAGGAGCUGGAGAAAAUUAGACAGGAUUAUACCAGUGGAGCACUUCUGACCGGUGAACUAAAGAAGCGUCUGAUUGAGAUCCUUCAGCCUCUGAUCGCAGACCACCAAAACAGACGCAAGCAAGUUACGGAUGAGACUGUCAUGCAGUUUAUGACCCCACGGAAGCUAGACUUCCACUUCUAGUUUGAAUGAAAGAAAGAGGUGGGAAAUGGACUGCUAAAUUAUGUACUAACUUCUCAUGCAAUGCCUAAAUGGCCACAAUUCAUUAACCUCAAGGACUAGUGACAGGCAUGCCCUGAUGAAGAAGAUAAAACUCAGUCUAAAAAGACAUCAACUUGUUUGUAUACAAUUAUGUCGUUCAACAUGUCAAAUAAAACAAGUGAAUAACAUCA